GCAGGUCCUCAGAGGUGUUGGGUGCUGCUGAAGCCAUGUGGAUUAUUCCGGUGCUUGCUUUCUGCGGCCUCGCUGCAGCCGUGCCCUCGGAGGACAGGAAGCUGAGCGACAAGGCAACGACGCUGGCUGACCGCAGCACGACGCUGGCCUUCAACCUCUACCACGCCAUGGCGAAAGACAAGAACAUGGAGAACAUCCUGCUGUCCCCCGUGGUCGUGGCCUCUUCCCUCGGCCUCGUGUCCCUCGGGGGCAAGGCCACAACCGCCUCCCAAGCCAAGGCAGUGCUCAGCGCAGACAAACUGAACGAUGACUAUGUGCACAGCGGGUUGUCCGAGCUCCUGAACGAGGUCAGCAACAGCACAGCCCGCAACGUCACCUGGAAGAUUGGCAACCGUUUGUACGGCCCUGCCUCCAUCAACUUCGCCGAUGACUUUGUGAAGAACAGCAAGAAACACUACAACUACGAGCACUCCAAGAUCAACUUCCGAGACAAGAGGAGCGCCCUGAAAUCCAUUAACGAGUGGGCAGCCCAGACCACGGAUGGGAAACUCCCAGAGGUCACGAAAGACGUUGAGAAAACUGAUGGGGCCCUCAUUGUCAACGCCAUGUUCUUCAAGCCUCACUGGGAUGAGAAGUUCCAUCAUAAGAUGGUGGACAACCGUGGCUUCAUGGUGACCCGUUCCUACACUGUGGGAGUUCCCAUGAUGCAUCGCACAGGUCUCUACAAUUACUAUGAUGAUGAGACAGAGAAGCUCCAGGUGGUAGAGAUGCCACUUGCUCACAAGCUCUCCAGCAUGAUCUUUAUCAUGCCAAACCACGUGGAGCCUCUGGAGAGGGUUGAGAAACUGCUGAACAGGGAGCAGCUAAAGACCUGGGCUGGCAAGAUGAAGAAGAGAUCAGUGGCCAUCUCGCUGCCUAAAGUUGUCCUGGAAGUCAGCCAUGACCUUCAGAAACACUUGGCUGAUCUGGGCCUGACAGAAGCCAUUGACAAAACCAAGGCUGACUUGUCAAAGAUCUCCGGCAAGAAAGACCUUUACCUGUCCAAUGUCUUCCACGCCGCUGCUCUUGAAUGGGACACCGACGGGAACCCCUACGAUGCCGACAUCUAUGGCCGAGAGGAGAUGAGGAACCCCAAGCUCUUCUAUGCCGACCACCCCUUCAUCUUCAUGAUCAAGGACAGUAAAACCAACUCCAUUCUCUUCAUCGGCAGGCUCGUAAGGCCCAAAGGGGACAAGAUGCGUGAUGAGUUGUAGUUAGGUUGGGGUUUUUUUUUCCCAGAGCUUUGGUUUGUGUGUUUUUUAGUGGGGGAUUUCAAAAAAGGGGAAACACUAUUUUGUAUCCUUCUCGAACUAUGGGUGCUAUUCAGACCAGGGUGCAUUGUGAUGAGAAACCAGCAUACACUUUACCUCACCCCAAAAUACUUAUUGCACAAACCCACCUCCAGAGAGGAACAGGGGAGCCUGGCACAAGAGGGUCACCAGGAGU